AGUUCUCCGUUACAUCUUCGAAAGUAAGCACCAAAAUUUUCGGUGGCUUCUAGUUUCCUUUGGAUAUCCCGGUUGUCAAUAAGUACCCUAAAAACAAAAUCAUGUACAUGUACGUGAACCCGAAUUACGUCUUGGUUGGGGGCCCCUGCUGCGGUGGAUGUGGUCCCUGUUGUGGUCCUUGCGGAGGAUGUGGCCCUUGCUGUGGUCCUUGCGGAGGAUGUGGACCUUGCUGUGGCGGCACCAGCAGUUUCUGCGGUUGCGGUCCUUGCUGCUGAGACAGAUAACCGGGAAACCUACGGGAGAACUUAUUCUUGCCAUGUAAAUCUCGAAAAUUAAAAUGUGUGGGAGACAAUAA